CUGGUUGUUUAUAUUUAGCAGCUGAACAACAAAGGGUUAAAGAAGGAAGUUAGAAACUACAUUUCCCAACGGGCCACGCGAAAAACAAACGCUUUCCCGUCAGGCAAUUGAAGGAGGCGGCGGCUCAGAGGCAUGCGCACAUCACACAAUAGCUGCGGCCGUCACUUCCGGGACAACCGGCACUUCCGUUGCCUGUCCCGAUCCGGGACUCGUGUGGUUGGAUCCCUGUAGAUUCAGUAGCAGUUGCAAAGGAAACAAGAUGGCAGAAGAAGCUGGAGAUGAAAAGAAACUGGUGGCCAAGUUUGAGUUGGAGAGGGAGACUGAGCUCCGCUUUGAGGUUGAAGCUUCACAAAUGGUCCAGCUGGAGCUUCUGACAGGCAUGGCUGAGGUUUUUGGAACAGAACUGACGCGCAACAAGAAAUUCACCUUUGAUGCUGGUGCCAAAGUGGCUGUCUUCACUUGGCAUGGCUGUUCAGUACAGCUAACCGGUCGGACUGAAGUAGCCUACGUCUCCAAGGACACUCCCAUGCUGCUGUACCUCAACACCCAUACAGCCCUGGAACAGAUGCGGUGGCAGGCUGAGCGCGAGGAUGAACGGGGACCUCGUGUCAUGGUGGUGGGCCCCACAGAUGUAGGAAAGUCAACAGUCUGCCGCCUGCUGCUGAAUUAUGCUGUGCGGCUAGGGCGCCGUCCCACUUUUGUGGAGCUGGAUGUAGGGCAGGGCUCAAUCUCUAUCCCAGGCACCAUGGGGGCACUCUAUAUUGAGCGACCUGCAGAUGUUGAAGAAGGAUUCUCAGUUCAGGCCCCUCUGGUCUAUCACUUUGGUUCCACCACACCUGGCACUAACAUCAAACUUUAUAACAAGAUCACAUCCCGCUUGGCUGAUGUAUUUAACCAGCGCUGUGAGGUGAACCGCCGGGCUUCGGUCAGUGGCUGUGUCAUCAAUACCUGUGGCUGGGUGAAGGGAUCUGGGUACCAGGCACUUGUACAUGCUGCCUCUGCCUUUGAAGUUGAUGUUGUGGUAGUUCUGGACCAGGAGCGCCUCUACAAUGAACUGAAGCGGGACUUGCCUCACUUUGUUCGGACAGUGCUGCUCCCUAAGUCAGGUGGAGUGGUCGAGCGCUCCAAGGACUUCCGGCGGGAGUUUCGUGAUGACCGCAUUCGCGAAUAUUUCUAUGGUUUCCGAGGAAGCUUCUACCCACAUGCCUUUGAUGUGAAGUUCUCUGAUGUCAAGAUAUACAAAGUGGGCGCUCCCACUAUCCCUGAUUCCUGCCUGCCUCUGGGCAUGUCGCAGGAAGACAACCAACUCAAGCUGGUACCAGUUACACCUGGGCGUGACAUGGUACACCAUCUGUUAAGUGUUAGUACUGCUGAUGGCACUGAUGAGAACAUCUCUGAAGCAAGUGUUGCUGGUUUCAUUGUAGUCACUGGAGUCGAUCUUGAACGCCAGGUCUUCACCGUUCUUUCACCAGCACCUCGCCCGUUGCCCAAGAACUUUCUGCUCAUCAUGGACAUUCGUUUCAUGGAUCUUAAGUAGUACCAGCGUUUGCAAGAAAAUGAUAAGACUCCACCAGGCACACAAACAAACAAACCCAUUACAAUUCUGGAUGGAACAGCAUCACACACAGACCAGGCAAGAGAGAGAAAGCAGUCGCAAUAAGGGAUGAACAUAAUUUGAACAAUUUGAAAUAGUCCUUUCUGUUUUCUCUUCAUUGUUGGAAUGAAUCCCUGAGUAGAAUGGUAGAAGAUGAAGCUUAGAAAAUUCACAGGUUUGACUUAUUGAACCACUAUAAUGGACAAAAGUGUUGUCUAGCUAGCUAGUUAAUUGGUUUGCUUUAUGGUGGUGGUGAUGGGUCUCCAUUGAGGUGUCACUUAUUUAAACUGGUCUUAUCUGAAAGUAACAAUAGUGCAAAGAGGGCAUUUUUUAAAAAAAACUUUAUAUAUAGAUAUUUUUAACUUUAAUAAAUUCCAAAAUGUUGAUA